CUUCCGGCGGUUUCCUCCCAGCUUCUGCGCGGGGAGCACGGGAGCGUGGGAGUCUGGCGCCGGCCUCCGCCUCCUUUGUCGCGUCUCGGCUGGGCGUGGCUUCGUGCGGCUGGCCGGGUCGGGCGAGCCUGUCAGUGCUCCGGGGCUGCCGAGGGGUCCCCUGCAGGGCUGUUUGGGAGGAAGAUGCCGUCGCCUCAGAUUCUCAAAGGAGCUUGAGGGUUUCGAGGAACCUGAGGGGGGCGUGGAAAGGCCUGGCAGCCGAAUCGGAGAGUCUAGGGACUAGUCUCUCCCUCGAAGUGUCGUCCCAUCGCGGGGACUUGAAGGAGGACCCCUUCGCUUCCCCACAUGGCGUCCGCGCUCAACACAUCAGAUGACCAGGUGAAUUCUGCCGCUGUUUCCCUACGGGUGCCCUGACCUCCUCGCCACAGGGUUGGACGCGCAGGUCCUGGCUCGUGUGUGCCGCCUCAGGGACCACAGCUGUUUGAAGAUCUGGAUGUGUAUUUUUCUCAAGAGGAAUGUGUGAGUCUGCCUCCUGCCCAGAAGGCCAACAGCAGAGAAGCCCCACUGGAAUGUUUUGAGGAUUUGGACUUGAUAGAUUGACCUGGAACCUUGCAGUCCGCCCACACGGAUAGACUUGAUUUGGGGAAGCCAGGAGAGCCUGCUGGCUCUGAUUUUGUGUAUUAUUAGUGUCUGGGAGGGGAAGACAAGACUGAAACCAGUCAGCAGUUAAGCCUAGAGUCUAUGGAACUUGAAGAGCUGUCCCUAGACACGCACUCCACUGCAGCACCCCUUGUGCAUUCCUCGGAAAAAUCUGAGGAUGAUGUUGGAACACAUGAAAGGAAAAUGUCAGGCGGAACUUUGACUUGCAAGACCAAGGUUAUAAGCCUCUUGGUCACCAUUGAAAACCAAACCCCAUUAGUAGAAUUAUCUCAAUGUUUAGGAGUCAGAACACUUUCGGAUAUUAUUGAUGUUCCCUGGGAAGAAGCCAAAAAUGUGUACAAGUGUCCCGACUGUGACCAAAGCUUCAGUGAUAAUACAUACCUUGUUCUGCAUCAGAAAAUUCAUUCACGAGAGAAAAGGUAUAAAUGUAGUACCUGUGAGAAGACCUUCAGUCACAGAACUAACCUGAGGACACAUAAGAGAAUCCACACUGGGGAGAAGCCUUACAAGUGUACCAAGUGUGCUGCCAGCUUCCGGCAGCAGUCACACCUGUCCCGACACAUGAAUAGCCAUAUAAAGGAGAAACCAUAUACAUGUAAUGUAUGUGGGGAAGGCUUUAUGUGGCUCCCAGGAUUGGCAGAACAUCAGAAGAGUCAUGCUGAUAAAAAGUCUUAUGAAUGUGCUGACCGUGAUCAACAUUGUCAGGAAACAAAUCUGGCUUUGCCUGAAAAAACAGGCUCAUCAGACACCCCAGACACCCCAUUCCAGCACACUCAGUGUGUGAAGAGCUUGGAGCAGCCCUCAUACCCUGCUCUCCCUGAGAAGGACCAUAAGGAGGACUCUAAGAACUGCAGUAUUGACGAUGAAGACUUUUUUUCAUUCUCCAGAUUCAAACCUUUACAAUGUCUUGAUUGUGACAUGACCUUUCCUUGUUUCUCGGAGCUUGUUUCUCAUCAAACCAUUCAUGACAUGGAAAAACCUCAUAAGUGUAAAACAUGUGCAAAAACUUUUGCUUUAGAUUCAGAACUUGCAUCCCAUGAGAAGAACCACAUAAAGGAAGAACCUUUUAAAUGUACGGUGUGUGGGAAGAGCUUUAGAGUGAAUAUGCAUCUCAUCACUCAUAAACGAACCCAUAGGAGAAACACCAAGUAAAUACAAGCUUUUGCUACUGUGUGGGCUUUUCAGUAUCUUUAUGAUGGGAAACACUUUAUGUGUGGGGCACUAUGCUAAGCAAGCACUUUACACACAUUCCAUGGAAUAUAGGCAGUAUUAUUUAUUAUAUCUGAUUUAGAACUGAGGAGACAUAGUUACACAGAUGGCAUGUGAAGCCAGGAUUUAAACUCAGUUACUGAUCAAAUUCCAUUUAUAUGAGCCAGAGAAACAUAAAACUUGUAAAAUUCAGUUUUUGACUGCUGGGUGUGGUGGCUCAUGCCUUUAAUUCCAGCACUUAGGCAGCAGAAACAGGAGGAUCUCUGUUAGGUAGAGGCCAGCCUGGUCUACAUAGUGAGUUCCAGGACAGCCAAAGCUACAUAGUGGGACUCUGUCUCAAAAAACAAAAAACAAAAUAAUUCAGUUUUUGUUAAAAUGAAGUUAAUGCUACAAUUUUUUUUUAAAUUUGGUUUCUAAGAAUAUUAGGAAGAGGAAAUUUUAUUUAUUUUUUUGCCAGUUCUGUAUAUGUAGUAUCUAGGAAAGUGAAAUGUUUUUAUAUUUGUUUUUUAUACUUUUCUUGUUAAAACUAUUUCAGUGUAAUGUUUAUGUGGAAUAUUUUAUUUUAAAUGUGAAUUUCUAGUUUAGGAUUCCAUAUAAAGUUACCAAAUGGGCCAACUUUGUUUUUUUUUAAGUGUGUGUGGGUUCUUGCUAUGUAGCCCAGGCUGGCCUAAAAAUCAUUAUUUUCCUGUUUACAUCUCCCAAGUGCUAGGAUUACUGGUAUGUGCCACUAUAUCCAGCUAGUUAACAACUGGAUAACAGUAUUUAUGGAUUUCCCAUUUUCAGACCUGAUGGCAGGGGCAGGUCCUGACAUUCUCUAGCAGUUAGACUUUGGAGGGGUGUACUUGUUCUUCCCUAAGGGGAUUUGCCUCUAGAUCUCCACUGAAGCACACUCCUGGCUGGUUAUAAAUAGUUAGAACUACUUUUUAGAGAGCAUGCUAAAUAGUGUGGGUAUAUUAUUUUGUAUAACCUUCAAAAAAAAUCUGAGAGAAAGGAUUAUCCAUGUUUUAUAAAUAAACUGAAGCUUUCAGAGGGUAAAGUCAAUAAUUAAGCACACAAAACAUCACACUGUGAUGAGGUUGAUAUCUAAAUUCAAGGGUUCUGUAAUUCCUGAGGUCAUGCAUUUUGUGACACUCCACUAUCUGUUGGUAUUUGUGCCACAAGUUUAGGAGACAAUGACACUGGACAGGGAGGGGAAUGACAGUCAUCAUGGAGGCUGCCCCUGGACUUACUACCUGAAGCCCAAUAUGUCCUUAUUUUUAUCCACAGCUUGAUUUCAUUACUCUUAAAAAAGCAAACAGAAGGCCGGGCGGUGGUGGCUCACACCUUUAAUCCCAGCACUCGGGAGGCAGAGCCAGGCGGAUCUCUGUGAGUUCGAGGCCAGCCUGGGCUACCAAGUGAGUUCCAGGAAAGGCGCAAAGCUACACAGAGAAACCCUGUCUCGAAAAACCAAAAAAAAAAAAGCAAACAGAAGACUCUCUAUGGCUUCAUGCUUGAAUUUCUUGUCACUAUAUCAAAUCAGAGAUUUUUUUUUUUCCAUUUUGAGACAGGGUUUUACUGUGUUGCUCUGGCUGUCCUGGAACUCACACUGUAGACCAGGCUGGCCUCAAACUCAGAGAUCUGCCUCUGCCUCCUGAGUGCUGGAAUUAAAGAUGUAUGCAACCACAAACUGGCUAGAGAUUUUUUUUUAUUAAAUUAUAACAUUUCCUGUCCAUCUCCAAAGAAAAAAUACAUAUAGGAUUAUUGAGUUUUGAACCAAAAUAAUUGAUAACAAAUAUGCCUUUAGGUACUGGUAUUACAGAUAAAUAUUAGAACAAAAUAUUGUCAUUGUUCUACACUAUAUGACAACCAAAGAAUGUUGUAAGUAUACAUUCUUACAGAACUACACUUUACAACAAAAGUGAUUAUAUACCUAUCAGUAAAACUAUCUAUAUGGUCUUUUGGCUAGUAUGCAAGUAUGAUUUCAUUUUGUCUAAAUGGACUGUAAAAAUAUAAUAUUUACUAAAAUGGAAUUACUGCUAGGAAAUUUCAUGCACAAAAUAUAAAGCCCUCUUGAGGGUCAGUGGCUAAAAUGUACCUUCUACAGAAGAGCAGGUUGAGAAUUUUAUGUACAAAAAAAUGCCAGCCAGGAUGAUCACUGUUGCUGAGUGAGAAAAACUUAAGUCAACAGCUUUGCCUCAUCUGUUGUCCCUUUCCUGGAGUGUACCAUUUCAACUUAUCCACAGUUGAGACUCUGUGACCUGUAUGUCAAGGUUAGACUUGGCUGUUUCUCCACAUUUAGGCUAUAAAGCAUCAUUGUGUCAGGAUUUGGGGCCUCACAUUUAAAAUGGCCUUCUGGUCUCUUCAGCCCUUGGUCAAAGAUGCUUUGAAUUGUACAGAAAGGUAGUGUCAGGUCUUUAGCUAACUCUAGAAUAUAACGGUGGUUGAUAACAGCAACAAGAGCAUUAGUUUCCUACUCUUUUGCUUCUCAGAGGGGGAACUGGUAUGCCCUCAUCGGCUCUCGUAUUUGAGUGAAGACUGAAGAGUUACAGGAUGGGGAAUGGAAUUGGGGAAAAAAAGGCCCUUACUAAUAGGGUUGGUACAGAAAGGUAUUGGAAGGUACCUGGACAAAAUGUGGCUAGUAUAACAACUGGAAGUUGUCACACACACACCCUUUUUUUUUUUCCUUCUAAGAACAUACAAAAGGUGAAUUUUAUGCUGUACAUCUUAACAUGGAAACCCACACUUCUAGUUGGAGCUCUAUUCACAAUUUAUCUCUCAGUAUUUGUAGUUUUCUGCAUUCUCCAGAUUUUGAAAGAUUACCCACAAAAGAUUAGAAAAAAGGCAUUUUUACAAAAAUCAUUACUAUAUGUGAGAGUAAUUAAAUGGCCUGUGGUGAAAUAUUACUGGUGACUGGUUUGCAGAAAAAAGGAAAAAACCGAAUGUUAGUUACUGUGAAAUAGUCAUAUUUUUAGUUAUUUCUUUAUUGUGUACUUGUUCCUAAAAACAGCAGUAGUAUGUUAUUCUCAAGCUGCUCUGCCCCUAAGGAGUUGAAGGAAGAACUGUGUCUACCAGUGAUAUUUGGGCUAUUUUUAUGAUAAUGGCCUUUUCAUCCUCCUAAUUGUAUUGCCAACUGGAGUAGAUUCCAAAAGAUUGGUUGCUCUUAACCCAGGAUAUUAGCAAGUCAUGUCAGGUGCUAAUAACAAUUCUUGGAUACAGUUAAUAAAGGGAUAAGAAAAUGGAAUGUAAGAGUCUUGCUAUGAAUGCUUAGCUAACUACAUAUUGUAGGAGGGAUGUUGACUCUAUGAAGUGUGGAAACUUGGUACUGAAAACAUGAACUCAAACUUCACGGGUUUUGUUGAUGCUACGAUGAAAAUGGGACUAAAACAGUUCUUUAACAUAACUGGGGGGAUACCAGGUUCUGUUAAACCGUCAUCAUUGAUGACAGCAGCAUCUCCCAGUGGAAUUUAGAUACUAGUGUUUGCACUUUGUAUUUAGGUGAUGUUAGAUUUUGUUGUUGAAGGAGUUGAACUCAAAAUAUUUUGUCUAGAAUUGUGCUGCUACAAAUACCAAUCUGUUCAUAUGACCCUGUAACCCUGAAGACAGCUGGCCCAGUAACCCAGGCAGUUAAAUAGCAUUUUUGUCUUUGAUGCCUAAAGUUCCAUAAAAUUAAGCAGUAGUGUUCUGGUGACUGUAAUGUAAGAUGCCAAACAAUCUGAAAAGAUAGAUUUUGCUUUAAAUAAUCUCUAAUUUACUGUAUAUGUAUUCAAAGGGAGGUGUAGGUUAUAUAGCUUCUUUAAAAAAGAACCUAUUUUGAAUGUUGCAGGGAUCUCAUUAGGAAACUGCUUUUACUUUGACUAUUUGUUUAAAAGGUAAAUUAUGUUUAAGUGUGUAUAUUUAACUGUUUUAGUCUUGUAUAUUACGAGAACUAUUUAUGUGAUAUAAAAAUAACUAUUACCGAUCUUUCCAAGGCUAACUAACAACAGGUGUUUUGUCUCUUUGAAUUGAGAUCCUUGUCUGCAAGAACUGUCUAGGGAGAAAGGGAGUACAACAUAUUCAUUUAUAUAAACUUAUGAAUAUUCUAUGUCUAGUAUUUUGAUGCCUAGUUAAUAGGUUUUCUGUGUGCACUUCUGUUUAACAUUUCAGCUUACUGUUUUUGAUGAAUUCUCGUCUUAGCUCUAGAUUGAAGUUUCUCAAUUGUGAUUGUGCGUAUCUGAUGUGCAAUUUAUCCAAUAAAUGUUAUUUUUAUGAUGAUGGCAA